GUGACGGGGCGACCGGUUCACCUGGUGUUUCGUUCUUUUCCGAUUCAACGCGAACACAGUAUUUUGCCCACGUUCGUCCAUCAGUCGUCACUCACUGUCGUCCCCUCACGUUUUCGCAGUCAGGAAAUGUCCAAUUCUAUGAAUUCUAUCGAGUUACAGAAAAGAAUGUCGAAUCCCGUCAGAGAAGGCUAUCGAGAAUUCGACAAUGAAGGGGACACACACUCGGUGGCGCAGACUCCUCUGCCAAGACCCGUGGAGGACACUUCAUUGUUCCAUGAACGUGCUGCAUCUCAGAAUACCAUCACUUCCGAACAAGCUUUUGUACACAUGGUAAAAGCCAUGCUUGGGACAGGCCUUCUCUCAUUACCGUUGGCAUUCAAACAUGCUGGACUUUUUCUGGGUCUUUUCCUCACGAUACUAAUUUGUCUCGUUUGUCUCUACUGCAUGCGGCAAGUUGUGUUCGCCGCUCAUUUCGUCUGUAAUCGAAAUGGCCGCGAUUUGAUUGAUUAUGCUAAUAUCUUGCGAGGUGCUGUAGAGAUGGGUCCAAACUGGAUUCGACACAAGGGAUAUUUUUUCAAGCAGCUGCUCAAUGUGAACAUGUUCGUUUCCCAGUUAGGCUUUUGCUGUGUUUAUUUCGUAUUCAUGGCCGAUAAUUUGGAAGAUUUUUUCAAUGCCAAUACAUCAAUCAAGCUCUCAAAAGCCGUCUGGAUGCUCCUGCUUUUGAUCCCGAUGUUAUCUAUUUGUUCUAUAAGAAGACUCUCUGUGCUGGCUCCACUUGCUAUGGCUGCUAACUUUGUGUACAUAGUCGCCGUAGGAAUUGUUCUUUUCUUCUUUAUCUCUGACCUCCGACCCGUUAACUCAUUGCCUUGGUUUGGAAAAGCAGCUGAUCUACCUCUUUUCUUCGGUACUGUGAUGUUUGCGUUCGAAGGAGUUGCUGUGAUAAUGCCCAUCGAAAAUCGUAUGCGGAAUCCGCAAUCGUUUAUCGCUUGGAAUGGCGUUCUGAAUUCAAGCUGUCUGGUUGUCUUGGCUAUUUUCUCAGUCACAGGAUUUUAUGGGUACCUCUCAUUAGGUGAUGAGGUGAAGGAUACAGCUACGCUGAAUCUCCCAAUGACACCGUUCUAUCAAACCAUCAAGUUGAUGUUCGUUGCAUGCAUCAUGAUUUCGUACCCGCUGCAAUUCUAUGUUCCAAUGGAGCGCGUUGAAAAAUGGAUCACACGGAAAAUUCCAGUCGCUAACCAAACCUUCUAUAUUUACACCGUUCGAUAUUCGGGUGUUCUUCUCACAUGUGCUGUUGCUGAACUCAUACCACAUCUAGCGCUUUUCAUCUCGUUGAUCGGAGCGUUUUCUGGUGCAUCGAUGGCCCUGCUGUUCCCUCCCAUUAUUGAGCUACUGACAUGCUAUGCUAAGCAAGAGCUCUCGGCCAGAAUCUGGGCCAAGAACAUAUUUCUUCUCAGUUUUGCCUUUCUGGGUUUCACCACGGGUACGUAUUCGGCUUUGUCGGCAAUCUUCCAGAAGAUUGCCAGUCAAUAA